GUGAAAAUUAUAAAUGUUUUGAAGUAAAAUGACAUCAAAACCAAGAUGGGGUUACAAAAGAAGCGCCAUGGUGUUGAGGCCGUGGAUCGUGCAGCUGUUGGUCAGAGGGGAUUUAAAACAGAGGGCCCAGAAAGUGCAAGUUUUGCAGAAUGUGAGAGGUCCACGACGUUCAGAUGGUAGUGUGAUGAAGGAACUAACGGACGGACAAGCCUACAUCAAGGCUAUAUUCACCGCAGAGGCGAUGAGGGACUACAGUGAUAAGUGUCAGGAUGAUUCCGCUCCACCCAGUAUUAAUGAUGCUUUGCUGAUCCUGACUGAUUACCACAUUGAAUUUUUGCCACAUGAAUGCUGUCAUUGGUCAGAGUUUGUUGUUGAGGUGAAACGGUUUACUUUGUGGUCAUACCAGGAAGGGUUUGGUUUGAAACAGAGUCCUGUUAACAGCAUGGAUAAUGAAGGGGUAAAGAAGAAAGCUGUUGCUAUGUGGAAACAGUGGAGGGAGACUCAAGCCAGAGGAAACACAUUGGACUCCAGCUUGAGUAGUAUACCUCUGAGUCAGCUGCUGGAUGAAAUGGGGAUGGUCAGUGACUCUCCUGUCAUGGAGGAAGAUGAGGCCCAGCCACAGGGUCAAGAUCCACCACACAUACCCCAGGAUACUGCUCUGUCACUAACUUCAGGCAGGAAAUGGCCCACAUUAGCUGAUUAUGAUGAGGAUUGUGGCAUAGAAGAUUUCAUCAUAUCUGAAGUGGAGGAAAAAAUAUUAGCAGCAAUACCAGAAUGGCAGCCAGGUUACCAGCCUCAACCUACUCCAACUUCUGAUUCCUGUAAAUCUUCAGGAAAUGCUUCCGAGUGUCAGAACACAGCCACUUUGAGGAAAGACUGCAUGGCAUCCACUGAACCGAAGGCCAAAGAAUCUAGGCCAGGAAAUGGUGGAGUGCAGAAAGCUUUAGAUGACAAUACGGAAAUUUGCGGAGGAAAAGCUGAUGGUGAAGACAUAGUUACAGCUGUUGAUGCAGAGAUACAAGUUAGCCAAUCUUUGUGGGAAAACUUCCUGCUGACGGCACGAGAGUCCCGUAAAGACGCAACCACCCAGGCGUGCAGUCAGACCAUGCCCAGCUCACAGACCCAUCAAAUAGACACUUCAGGGGGUCACGCCACCACCCCACACCUCCAGGGCCAGGUUACAGAAACAGAGGUUACAGAGAAUGAAAUAAACCAGGGAAUGUCGUCUGAGGCCAAACAACUGAACAGUAGCAAAAAAACUAGAACAUCGUCAGUAGAGGCUCUUGAAUCAACACCUAAAGGUCACAAAGAAAGGUCAGGAGUGAUUCAAACUUCCCCCAGUCUUCUGUCAUCCCCUGAGGAACCAAGAUCCCCCAAGAAACCAAGUUCUUGUGGCAAAGUAAGAACUCCUGAGAAACCAAGAUCAUUUCAGGAAACAAGAUCUCCAGAGAAACCUAAGCGCGCAAGGAAACAAAAAAUCAUCUGUGAUGACGAACCGGUGGUCAUAAAUGACAGUUUUGUGGAAGAUGUGCAGGAAACAGAGAGUGGUGCUCAGCAUGACACCUUGGGAAAGGAUAAAACUGGUGGAUCUGACGGUUGCAAGGAAAGCAAGGUUAAGACUGCAAAGGAUCAAAAUGACAAUGAAAGUCCUGUUUUUGUAGACAUUAGCUCAAGUCAAGAACUGUCACCUGAAGCUUUUAAAUCUACGACCAACAGCCAAAACGACCUUGAACAAAACAGGUUAUCCUUGAAUAAAACAUCAAAAGCAAAGGGAUUUACCGUGCAAACAAAGGAAGCAUCAUUAGAGAGAGAUCUGUCAGAUGUGAUCAUGCUUGAGGAGCAAGAGGAAGAAAACAGAUUGCAUCAGUUAAGUAAAUGUUCAAGGUCGCAUAGUCAAGGUCAGGAAGGUUUCUCUGGUAGGUUAGGAUUUGAUGAAGCGUCAUGUGAUAAUGGUGAGCUGCAGGGAGACAAGUCUUUGAACACAGUAGCAAAUCGGCUGGCUUCACCCUUAGAUAGAUCCAUCCUGAAAAGAAGGCUUUCUUCAUCAGACUCAGAGAUUUCAAGGUCAAAGAAAGUUUUUGUUCACGAACAGAAGAUAUUGAGGGAACGUACAUGUAGCAGUUCGUCAGUUUGCCCUAAUAAGAAUUUUACUCCUGUCAGGCUUGAACAUUUGUCAGAAAACGAUGUUACCACGGUGACAGUAAAUCAGAAUGAAAGAGACACUGUGGACAAAAGCAGGUUACAAGCUGAGGCUUCAGCUGAUGUUGAGGUGACAAACCCUCCUAGUUUUCAACAUGAGACUACUACCCUACAUGAAAACAGGUUGUCCAAACCCACAGAGUUGACAGCUUCCUCACCUGAUGUGAAAGUGCCAAAUGAAAAUGCCCGAGUGGCUGAUCGUGAUUCUGGCACUUCAGUUGUACUGUCAGAUCAAUCAGAACAGCUCGAUACAAACAGCCUCUUGAAUGAUGCCCAGAUCGUCAGUUCUGGAGAGCUUAUGACAAGCUCUGGAGAGCAGCUGAUAAGCUCAGGGGAACAGUCUCUCAAUCAGCAGACAUCAAAGGGCCAAGGGAAAACAGGUAUUAUUGUGGCCUCAUCCCAUGAUAUAUUAUCAGAGAAGAAGAGUCCAACAGGACUGAUGAGUGUUAUAACACUGUCACAGCCGCGGACAACAGGUACAUCAACCCCUCCACAAUCUUUGUCAUCCGGUCAACCUGCUCCUCUUGGGACUCGUGCUGAGGACUCAAGCCAAACCACACCCAGUCAUUCUCUACCUAGUUAUCAACGGCCACCUCAUGGGACUCAUUCUGAGGUGUCACACCCAACCACACCCAGUCAUUCUCUGCCCUCAUAUCAACCUCCACCUCAUGCGACUACUAGCUCUGAGAUGUCGCCAAAAACUCCACCUGUCCACUCGCUGCCGUCCUACCAACCAUCACACCAGCAAUCUAGUUGCACCUCCAAGACAGCCAGUAGCCAAGGGAGUAAAAAUUCCUGUGACAAGACUUUUUGGGGAUUGUUAGACAGCCCUCCUGUGUCACCUGCAGGUAGGAGGCUACUGGAGAUGUCUUUCUCUGACGGUCUGAUGAAGAAGAUGGAAGCCUAUCUGAGCAGGAUGUGACCUCAU